AUGGAAUACUGUUUGAUAUUAGCAGGCACAUUGCUUCCGAAGCCACAUUUUAUAGUGUUUGAAUCCGAGUGGGAUGUAAAUACAGUUAUUCAAAGAAACGAUUUGAAACUAAAACAUCAACUGCGUUAUUUUUGGAGUGUGACGAGAAAGUACGAAUUUCAAGCCCAGAAGGAGGCUCCUACAGAUAUGCAAUGCAAAGACAAGUUUUUGCUUCAGAGCGUAGUUGCGAGUGAGGGUGCAACCCCAAGAGACAUUACUGCCGAAAUGUUUAACAAGGAGCAAGGCAAUGUAGAAGAAUGCAAGUUGAAAGUGGUAUAUGUUGCGCCACGUCAGCCUCCAUCUCCAGUUGCCGAGGGAUCUGACGAAGGAGUUUCACCAAGGGGCACUGUCUUGGAAAAUGGAAUCGAGGGUACUCGAACUUACGUGGACAGUCAAGAAAAAUUACCAGAGGUAAAAUCUCUCGUUAUGAAAUUGUCCGAGGAAAAAGCAGCAGCCAUUCAACAAGGCACCAAACUUCGUCAAGAAUUGGUGAGAAUUCUGAUCCUUCAUCUCCUUUACCUCCUUCUGCCAAGCUUAAGCCGAUUAAUCUAUGAACUAUUGAAACGUAGAAGCAACAAAAGAGGAGGAGUAUCCAUGACUCUCGUGAUCAUUAUCGGUUUUGUGGGUGUAAUUUUGGGGUACCUUAUGAAAAGGACUUAGAUUUUUUUAUUCGAGGGCAGCAUCUCGUUUUUUCAGUUUUCUAUAUUCAAUUUAUUUCAGUUCUCUCCACACUCAUGAAAGCGUGUAGGGAACAAAAAGGAAGCUAUUCACGGCAAAUCUUAUGUUUUCGAUUCGUGUUAGCUGCUAAUGUUUUCUGUUUUUUAGGUUAGACAAUAUGUUAGAUAUGUCUUGCUCGGGUUGAUAGUGUUGCUUUACGAACAUUUUUUUUGACGUGGGACAAAAUAUUAUGUAUGUUGUGUAUUGUGAAGAGAAAGAUCCGUC